AUGUUUCCUUUUAAUAAAUUUCAGCCACAACGUACUUUGACUCAAGAGCCCAGUUUUUUUCUUCUUUUAAGAGUAAUUAUAGCUUUCUCAGUCAUUUUGUUAUGGCUCACUUACGUUUAUUUCUUGGUGGUGCAAAUUUUAACUGAUCAUCCAGUGAUUGAGUUAGCCUAUCGAUUCGAAGAACUAAUAGAAGCACCAGAUAUGGAAAUUUGCGCAGAAGGCACUAUGCUAGAAUUUCGUGAUUGUCUGAUAGAGUAUCCUGAUGAUAGAAGUCACACAUAUACCAAUUGCGCUAGAGAAGAUGGAACUCUAUACAUUACUCAAGGAGAAUAUCAAACAGAUAAUAUGUACUGUUAUUUGUUUUCUGGGAAUGGUACUCUAUUUUAUGGAAAUACAACAGACGGUAUUUGGAAAAUCGUAAUAUAUUAUACAAUGAUCGAUAUUAAUUAUGAAGACAGUGAUAUAAAUGAAAUCGCAAGUAUUGAUGCACAAUUAUUGGAUCCAAAUAGCAAUAGUUGGGAGGAUAAUCUUAAAGUGCGCAAUAAACUUGACGAAGCGGUUAUCAAAGAUAUAAAUCUGCAAGGCAGUGCCUUUGCUGGACUUAAUAAUUAUUCAACCAUCAUAAAAUUUAAACAAAAUACAUAUAGAUCAAUUGCUCAAAAUGACCUUAAGAGUUACUUUGGCUUCGCAGGGCAAUAUGAUGAAACAAUAAUAAUGCCUUCUACUAUAACAUACCAUCCACUUAAAAGAAAUCCCAAAUUCAACAAGAAAAGAUUUUCUGGCGAUCUUUCUAUCGAAGUUGCGACUUAUAUUCACGAAAUCUAUACUGAAAGACGAAUACGUACAUUACUAAACUCGUUGGGUGUAGCAGGAGGCAUUAUCGGCUUUUUCGCAGCAUUUUAUUACUUUCUCUUUGGUGAUAAGAGAAUCAAGCCUUGGGGCUUUAUGCAUCGUAUAUUCAGCUCACAAAUAGAACAAUCCACGAACGAUAAACUUGUCUUGUCUUCAGAUGAACAAGCUGAAACUUAUGAAAGACGUCUUAUAUAUUUGGAAGGAUUGAUUUCAGAUUUUAUUUUAAAUACACAACCGUUAAAAAAAGUAAAAAAAACUUUGGUUGGUGAAGAAAAUUCGAUAUAUUAG